AUGCCUUUGUACUUCAAUAAGCCAUCAUGGGCAAGCCGAGGAGACGAAAACGGAGACUCAGAGUUCUACCGCCGUGCUGGUCAAACUUAUGAAGACAUCGUUACCACCAAAAAAAACGCACGUGAAAGACAGGCAAGCUCCUCCCAGAGAAAUCCACACAAGCGGCGAUGUCUUCCAAGUUCUUCAAAUUAUGGGGACAUCGUAAGACCUAAAUGUGAACACGGGACAGCCGAAGGAAAUGCUUCACUGAGAAAUUCGUCUUCGCCGCAGUAUGGCUCUCAGCACGAUACAAGAGGUGUUCAAACUACGGCACACAAACCUCUGGUUUCCAAUGAUUCAACAAUCGCGGACAGGAAAGGUUCCAUAUCCCCAAGACCCCAAAACUCACCGGAGACCAAAUUACCAGACUUGCGAGCAGAACUCACAUCCACGCGUUUGGAUAUCGCCAGCAAUGAGAAUGUGGAUACGCACCCAAAAAACUGUUCUGUUGACACAGCGGUACCGACAGAGACCUGCACAUCGCGUGAUGCUCGGAGUACUGCUUAUGACAACACAGUGGUACAUAUUCUCAUUACUUCAAAGAUCCCCCAGACGAAGCCUCUCGUCAUUCAUCGAAAAAUGUCACAAUCUCUAAAAGGGGUACGACUUGCAUGGUGUGCGCAUCAAAACUUACCGCAAAAGCUUCACUCGACUAUCUUUUUGACAUGGAAAGGGAGAAGGCUCUUUGAUGUCACAACCUGUAGAAGUUUGAAUAUCGGGGCUUUUAAUGCCUUUACCAAAGAGCUACCGCCGUUCGAGAACUGCUUCAGUGAUGCAGAUGACUGUCGAAUCCACAUGGAAGCUGUCACUGAACAAACGUUCGCAGACGGGUAUCGAUCGUCCCCAAACUUAGCCAGGUUUGAUACAACGCCCCCUGCAUCGACGGAGUCUCGAGGCACGGAUAAGCGUAUUCGAAGUGAGAUCAUCCUCAAGUGCCCAGAAUUUGAUGAAUUCAAGAUUCGUAUUUCAUUGGCGACACACGUCUCUCAGGUCGUUGAAGCCUUCCGUGAAGCCCGAAGUAUACCCAAUGAGCUGACAAUAUACCUUACAUUUGACGGUGAUCUCCUGGAUCCCCAGGCUUUCCUGACAGACUAUGAUAUUGCCGACGGGGAUUUGGUGGAUGUUCUAGUAAAGAAGGAAAUGUGA